AUGAUACCGGAUCAUUUAUUCGACGAAGGAAUCGAUAAUUCUCUAUUGCACAAAGAUAUGAAGCAUUUGCAACAUAAAACCAUAUACGAUCGUACGCAGAAAGACUAUGAACAAGAACAACGUGAUCUGCUUUCAUCGCAAGAUGGCGACACUUGUGAGAUUCAUGAUCAGUUCUACCGCGACCAUAAACUGCUGUUAGUGCUGUUUCGAGCACUUGCCGUGAUGCCUAUAACUCGUUCUAGACCAGGGACUAUCACAUUUAGCUGGACAUCAUCUGCUACUAUCUACGCAAUAUGUUUUUACAUUCUGACCACUGUAAUAGUGUUAAACGUUGGAUACGAACGUAUUAUGAUUUUGCGGUCGAUUCGAAAGUUCGACGACUAUAUUUAUGCGAUUCUUUUCAUCGUGUUCCUCGUCCCGCACUUCUGGAUUCCAUUCGUCGGCUGGGGAGUCGCUCAUCAAGUCGCCAUUUAUAAAACCAAUUGGGGAAAGUUCCAGGUGAGGUAUUACAAAGUGACUGGAGAAAAUCUUAAAUUUCCUAACUUGAAGCUGUCGAUCAUGAUCAUCAGUGUGGGCUGUUUAUUACUGGCUGUCUGUUUUUUACUCAGUCUAUAUGCUCUGUUAGACGGUUUUCUCUUGAGACACACGAUAGCUUACCUACAUAUAAUAACCAUGAUCAAUAUGAACUGCGCACUCUGGUACAUCAAUUGUAAAGGGAUCAAGAUAGCAUCGCAAAGCCUCUCUGAAUGCUUCCGUAGAGACGUGGAUAUCGAGUGUUCUGCAAAGCUGAUAUCUCGCUACCGCUACUUGUGGCUGAAUCUAUCGGAGCUCCUCCAGUCGCUGGGAAAUGCUUACGCGAGAACAUAUUCUACUUAUUGCCUCUUCAUGUUCUUCAAUAUUACGAUAGCGAUAUACGGUGCUCUGUCAGAGAUCGUAGACCACGGCUUCGGGUUCAGUUUUAAAGAAGUUGGCCUGUUCGUGGACGCGGUCUACUGCUCCGCCUUGCUCUUCAUCUUUGCUGAUUGCUCGCACAAAUCAACACUUACGGUAGCAGCUGGUGUGGUAGAUACAUUGAUGUCUAUCGAUGUACUUUCAGUAGAUAGACCAACUCAAAAAGAGAUCGAUCACUUCAUUCAGGCAAUUGAAAUGAAUCCAGCCGUAGUAAGCCUGAAGGGCUACGCUCAUGUCAAUAGAGAGUUGUUAACUUCUGCAGUCAGCAUGAUUGCGAUAUACCUGAUAGUGCUUCUACAAUUCAAGAUUUCUUUGCCGAAAGAUCUUCAAAUACCAACUUAA